UGUGAGAGAGACGCCGACUACUCACUUACACUCAGUUAUGUCUUCCGGUGAAGAGAAGCCCAAGCCUGUUGCUCAGCCUGAUGGCAAGCCCAACACCAAGUCUGAUGUUGGCAAGGACACCUACAGGAUGUACGUUUUUGACCGUGAAAACUUCCAGGGCCGUAUGAUUGAAAUCAGCAAUGAGUGUAUGAACGUGUGUGAGAUGGGCAUGGACAAAGUGCGCUCCCUUCGUGUUGAAUGUGGCCCUUUUGUUGGUUUUGAGCAGAUGAACUUCUGUGGUGAGAUGUAUAUCCUGGAGAAAGGCGAGUAUCCUCGCUGGGACUGCUGGAGCAACUGCCAGAGGAAUGACUAUCUGCUCUCAUUCAGGCCUGUCCGCAUGGACCCAGAGAAGCACAAGAUCUGUCUGUAUGAGAUCGGUGACUAUAAGGGAAGAAAGAUGGAGAUAAUCAAUGAUGACGUGCCCAGCCUGUACUCCUACGGCUUUACUGACCGAGUUGGCAGCAUCAUGGUCAGCUGUGGCACCUGGGUGGGUUACCAGUACCCAGGCUACCGUGGCAGCCAAUACCUACUGGAGAAGGGUGACUACAGGCACUUUAAUGAGUAUGGUGCUCGGUUCCCGCAGAUGCAGUCCGUAAGGCGUGUGCGUGAUAUGCAGUGGCACCCUGAUGGAUGCUACACCAUGGCCAGCAAGUGAGGUUUUGCGAGGAUGGGAAAGAGAGGGAGAGGUGGGGAGAGAAAGAGAAGGUGUGGAGCUGAGGAGAGAAGGGGAGGAGCAAGGGACAAGAAGGAGAGAAGGAUCAUGCCAUCCAUAUAAGGGAAAGAGGAAGAGAGGAGUGGACUGUGGUUGUCUGUAUUGAUACAAAUCAGGAAAUCAUGGCUACUGACCAUAGAUAGUGAUAGUGUGUUUGUUAAGCAUAGGAUGGCACACUCUUUAUUCCUCUUCUAUGUUCUAUCCCACUUUUUUCUUCUUUUUUCCCUUCCUGUUUACUCUGCCUCUGCCUCAUCCUCCUCAUCCUCAUACCGAUUCUGAGAAAAAAUCCACUUCAAACUCUUUUCUUCAAAUGGGGAUGGGAUCUGGGAAGAUGAUUGACAUGGAUGUGUAUGAGUAUGGUGACAAUGAACAAAGUUUGGGCUUUGAGACCAUAUAAAAACCCCUCAUCUUUAUGAAAUAAAAGA